CAUUUCUGGAAUAAAUGGCAGAGAGAAACCACACCACGGUGACCGAGUUCAUUUUUGUAGGAUUCACAGAUCAUCCAGAUCUACAGAUCCCCCUCUUUAUGUUGUUCCUAGUGAUGUAUGUGCUCAGCCUGAUGGGGAAUCUUGGGAUGAUAGUGUUAAUUAUGGUUGAAACCCGACUUCAUACUCCCAUGUACUUUUUCCUAAGCCAGAUGUCCAUUGUAGACAUUGGCUAUUCCACUGCCAUAGCUCCCAGGUUGCUAAUGACCUUUGUAGCAGAGACUAGAACCAUUCCUUUGAUUGAGUGUGCGGCACAACUAUUCUUCGUCUGUUUCUUUGUGACCAAUGAAUGUUGCCUCCUGGCUGUGAUUGCAUAUGACCGCUUCAAAGCUAUCUGUAAUCCUCUGCUAUACAGAGCCAUUAUGUCCAAGAGACACUGUGUCCUGUUUGUGGCUGGUACAUAUGUAUGUGGCUCUGUGAAUUCAGUUGUGCAAACGCUAUUUAUAUUCAGCCUGUCCUUCUGCAGCUCCAAUGUUGUCAACCAUUUCUUCUGUGAUGUGCCCCCUAUGCUGAAGCUGUCCUGCUCUGACACCCAUGUCACUGACCUUGUACUUUUCACUUUCUCUACUGUAAUUGGAAUGACUAGUUUCCUGAGUGUCCUAAUCUCCUACAUGUGCAUCCUUGUGGCCAUUCUCAGGAUCCGUUCUGCCAAGGGGAGACACAAAACCUUUUCCACCUGCGCCUCCCACCUGACAGUUGUCACUAUGUUUUAUGGGACGCUGAUAUGUAUAUAUUUAAGACCCAGUUCUAGCUACGUGAUGGACCAAGACAAGGUUACCUCUGUGUUUUAUGCCCUUGUGAUCCCCAUGUUGAACCCCCUGAUCUACAGCCUGAGAAACAAGGAGGUAAAUGAUGCCUUUAAAAGGAUGAUAUACAGGAAGAAUUUUUUUUGGUAAUUAUAAUCAUUAUUAUAUUUUAACCAAUAAACAGGAGAUGGAAGA